ACAUCCGGCGAACAUGGACCGUUCACAAGUCGACAUACCUCUUCUCAAAGACCUCACUAUCGAGAACAUANUCACCGAAAAUGCUUAACUGAUCAAUUCGAGAUGUCCCGAUCCGAGAUUGAAGUACUUGUUAAAGAGAUUGGUGUCGCAUGUGCACGACUUUGCAUGGGAGACCCGACUUUCAACGAACGAAUGGAUGCCCACAAUUCAAUUCCUCACACAAGUUGGUCAGAUCUGUUCAGAUGUGCGACAGGGGAGUGCACGAACUUCAAGCAUAGCAUCGAUCAUCCGAAACCAGCAUCUAGCACAGAAGGAAUUGUUCUCGGACCCUUCCACACUCAUGAGGCUGCGACCGAAAUCAACAGCAGUACCAUAGCGCAUGAUCUAGAUGGCGAAACUUGUCUUGUCAUAUGCACAGUAAAAGACACUUCCGGUCAACCUAUACCAGGUGUCAAGAUCGACGUC